AUGGGGUCAUGGCUUGCAGAGGCGGCGCUGGUGAAUGUCCUCAUCAUCGUGGGGAAGGAUGACGUCCCCAUCUACGAAGCAGAUCUCAGUACCGAGGGACUGCGUGAGGACAGUCCGCACUUGGAUCAAUUCGUCGUGCGUGCUGCGUUGGAUUUGGUGGACGAAAUGGUUUGGAACACCUCUUCUAUGUUCCUUCGAGUGGUGGACAAGUUUAACGACUUUCACGUCUCGGCGUAUUGCACUGCCGGACACGUCCGAAUGAUGCUGCUGCACAAGCAUCGCAAUGAGGAGGCCAUCCGCGCCUUCUUCGCGGAUGUGCACGACCUCUUCCUGAAAGCAAUGCUGAGUCCAUUCCAGACUCCCAACAUGCGAAUCCAGUCGCCACUCUUCGACCAGAAGGUUCGAGCAGCUGGGCAAAAGCAUUUCCGCGCAUGACGUGUGGCAAAAAAAAA